GUGCCCUCGUGGAAUUUAGAACGUUCUCUUAGCCAAUGGGGCCUCGCGGCUGGCUGGCAGGGCUUGCCAUUGGGGGACCGGGAUGCGAGCGAGUGGAGCGCCGGGGGAGGAAGCGGAGGUGCAGGUCGGAGAGGCCGGGCUAGCCGAGCCCAUUGCAGGAGUAGCAGCAGCGGCCAGGCAGCAUCCAACAGCGUGCCAGGCAGCCCAGCCCGUUGCUUUACUUUUUGCUGCACCAACGUAGUCAUUAUGCCGAAGAGAAAGUCUCCUGAGAAUGCAGAGGGCAAAGAUGGAGCCAAGCUAACGAAGCAGGAGCCCACGAGACGGUCGGCCAGAUUGUCAGCGAAACCUGUUCCACCAAAACCGGAGCCUAAACCAAGGAAAACAUCUGCUAAGAAAGAACCCGGAACAAAGAUUAACAGAGGUGCUAAGGGGAAGAAGGAAGAAAAGCAGGAAGCUGGAAAGGAAGGUACUGCACCAUCUGCAAAUGGUGACACUAAAGCUGAAGAGAUCCACGUCUCUCGUUCAACUGUUAAUGUCUCAGCCUGCAGAAGUCCCCCACCCAGCACACUGUCAGUAAAGGGGCAGAUUGAAACAGUGAGAGUUAAGGGUACAGUAGACAUUCUGCAUGUUUGCAGUGACUAGAAUGAGAGAGUAGCGUGCUGUUUCUUAUCAUGCACACUGGAGCCUGCAGGUAAGGCUUCUGUGGUUGUUUAAAUAGCAGAAAGCAAUAAACGCUGCAGAGUGUUGCCGUAAUGCAUUCCUGCCUUGUCUGUCCGCCCAGAGUUGACGUGUGUUUCCAAGUAGACCGAAGCAAAAACAAGAGGCCAAACGCUCAAGUGUGUUUCUUGGUGGGUGAAAGUGCCUUUGCUUAUACUUGUUUUACUGGUAACUAGAUGUCCUUUCUUUCUCUCUCUCUAAUUCACAGGCACAGAGAACUGAUAACGAGGGACAAUGAAUUGUCAUGGAAAACUAGGGUCGAUUUCACGUACCUCUGGGGACAACUUUUAAAAGCUAUUUUUACCAAGUAUUUUGUAAAUGCUAAUUUUUUAGGACUCUUACUAGUCGGCAUAAAAUCUAUAUGAAGAUGGACAUUUUAUCCUCCUAUGGUGUUUUUUGGAAACUUCCAUCAUCCUCAAGUCAAGUAAAUACCAAUUUAAUAUCGGAGCUGCGUGUAAAAUGGAUUCAGCAUUCCAUGCCCUUGCUUUAAAAAUUUAGUCCUGUGCAUACCGUGGUGUUUUUACUGUGCAUAUUUGAAUUUUUCAUGCAAUUUUUCUAGAGCAAUAAUCAGUGGUGCUUUUGUGCCUAGGUUUUAUGUGAUUUUAAUGAAAUGUGGAUAGUUGUGGCCACCUGCUGACUAUUUGUGGUUUAAAAUAAAAAGGUUUUCCUGUCUGCAAAAUA